GUCUUGUGAUGAAAUGUAUGUGGAGAUAUUUUUUUUCCCCCUUCUUUUUCUUUUCUUUUUUAACUUAGAUAAUAAUUUUCUGUACUUAUCUUAUCAUUUAAUGAAUUUAUGUAUUAAAUGUAAUUUGUUUCACAAAUUAGAUUUGGUCUCGGAUUUUCCUUUUAAUGUUUGAUUUUUAAUACAUAUAUUGAUCAAAUGUUUAAAAUCAAUAUCUUUAUAGAAUUUGGAUUUACCAUACACAUAGUUUCAACCCCCUGCACCUAGUUUUACACCUUAAUCACCCGCACGAAAUUCUAAAUAUACCUCUUUUCCAUAAACCAGUUCCUAUUCACUCUUAACAACUUUUCCAUCUUAAGUCCUAUUUCCCUCAAACUUCUCUCUCUAGAAUCCAUUUCACAACCAACAAAAAAUAAAAUAAAACAUCACUCAUAUCAACCCAUAUAAAUAAAAUGGGACUUCAAGGCCAACUAAUUGAUGUCUCAUCAAAUUCAAUCUCAAUCUUGGUCUUAACUCUUAUCAUAACCUUUGUCAACCACUUCCUCUCACUCUUCACCCAUUUUUGGAAUUCCUUGGUUAGCUUUCUCUUUAACCAUGAUCGUGAUCUAGAAACCACCGCCAUAAAUGACAUCAACCUAUCGACUCGGGGCUCGGGCCUCACCGACUUCAUCAUUUUAUCUGACCAACUCAGCCUUAACAGUCGCAACUCUUACUGCCAUCAUUUUAGUUGUACUUCUAUCGAAGACAAUUGUACUGUCUGUUUAACUGGCUUUGAAGACGGGCAAUUCAUCCGACGAUUAUGUUGUAAUCAUGUAUUCCAUAAAAAUUGCCUUGACCGUUGGAUUGACCAAAUGAAAUUUACGUGCCCGCUUUGUCGAUCACCUCUCGUCGUUAAUUAUGGUGUUUGUUUGGGUCCAAUUUAG